AUGAUUGUGAAGAUGGAUAAAGCAGUUGCUUCUUCAUCACAUGACCUUGCCCAACGUCUUUUUGACAAAAACAUUGAGUUGGAAAAUAAGCGCCGAAAGUCAGCUCAAGCAAGAGUGCCAUCAGAUCCAAAUGCUUGGCAACAAAUGCGUGAAAAUUUUGAAACAAUAAUACUUGAAGACCAUAGCUUUUCUGAGAAGCACAGUAUUGAAUUUGCUCUAUGGCAGUUACAUUACAGAAGGAUUGAGGAAUUCAGGGCUCAUUACAAUGCUGCAUCUGCUACAGAUUCAACCACAUCUAGGGCAGGGGGGGCUGCCCGACCUGACCGAGCUUCAAAAAUACGUCUGCAAUUCAAAACUUUCCUCUCAGAAGCUACUGGUUUUUACCAUGAUCUAAUUUUAAAGAUUCGGGCCAAAUAUGGACUCCCAAUUGGACAAUUCUACCCUGAACCCGAGAACCAUAAUGUGAAGGAGAAAGAUGGAAAGAAAUUUAAUGAAGUUAAAAAGGGUUUGAUAUCCUGCCAUCGUUGUUUGAUAUACCUUGGUGAUCUUGCACGCUAUAAAGGGCUUUAUGGGGAAGGUGAAUCAAAAAGUCGUGAUUAUGCAGCUGCUUCAAGUUACUAUUUGCAAGCAGCUUCUCUUUGGCCAUCUAGUGGGAAUCCACAUCAUCAGCUUGCUAUAUUGGCUACUUAUUCAGGAGAUGAAUUGAUGGCUGUAUACCGUUAUUUCCGAAGUCUGGCAGCUGAAAAUCCCUUCUCCACUGCAAGGGAUAACUUGAUAGUAGCCUUUGAGAAGAAUCGGCAAAGUUAUAGUCAGUUGCAUGUUGAUUCAAAAGCUUCUUCUGUGAAGGAAUCAUCUGUUAGGACAAGAGGCAGAGGAAGAGGGAAAGGGGAGCCAGGUGUCCGAUCAAAGGAGCCAAUUACCGAUACUACCCCUGAUGUGGAAAAAGCAACUGAAAUUCGCCAAGUGUUUAAAGCUUUUCGUGUUCGGUUUGUUCGAUUGAAUGGCAUUCUUUUCACACGCACAAGCUUGGAGACAUUUGAAGAAAUCCUCUCUCUAGUCACCAACACUUUACAAACCCUUCUUUCUUCCGGAGCAGAAGACGAGCCAAAUUUUGGCACAGAUAAUUCCGAAAACGCCCUUUUCAUCGUAAUACUUGUCACCAUACUUAUAUUCACAGUCAACAACGUAAAAGGAGGACCCGAAGGUCAAACAUACGCAGACAUUGUCCAAAACACAGUUCUCCUCAAAAACGCCCUCAUCACAUUUCACAAUCUAAUCGGUCAACUCCUGAAAAGAUGCCUACAGUUGACCAAUCCUUCCUCAAGCUUCUUACUUCCCGGAAUCCUAAUUUCCAUGGAAUAUCUCGCUUCUCGACCCGAUGUUAUUACUGAAACUGAUGACUUUUGGACCCACUGCAUAUCUUUCUUCAAUAAACUUCUCUCUGCUGAAAUCAAUGAUAUGACAAGGUAUGAAGAGAGGGAAAAUGAUUAUCAGCCUGCAUUGUGGGAGGAUUUUGAAACCAGAGGAUUUUUGCCCCUUCAAUCUGCCCAAACUUUUUUGGAUUUUUCAAGGAAGCAUUCUGUUUCGGGUGAUAAAUCGGCUCGUGUCAAGCGGCUUCUGGCUGCUGGGAAAGUUAUUGCUGACCGGAUUACAGUUGACCGGAAAAAGGUCAGGUUUGACCCCAACAUGAAAAAGUUUGUUAUUGGCAUUGAAACACAGAAACAUGAAAACAAAUCAAAUGGGGUGAUUAAAGAGGAGGCACCUGCACUUGUGGAAAGUGAUGAGGAGGAUGAAGUGAUUGUUUUUCGGCCAAAUUUGAUUGAUAAUCGGACGGAAAUGCCCCUGGUAAAAGGGACCACUCAAGAGGAGGUUGAGAAUGUGCGAAGUAAAGAUUCGGGUACUACUACUACUACUAGUACUACUACUCAGUUUGCGGUUCCGGUUUCGGUGUACAAUGCAGUCGGGCAGCCAUAUCAUCAGUCUCCGAUGUGGCCGGGCAGCCUUACGGGCGGGUUUAAAGGUUUAAGCUUAAUGGCAAACGGGCAUGUGGGUCAACCCGGAAUGCAGACUUCAAAUCCUGCCCUUCCAAUCCAGCAGGUUAUGGGUAUACGUGAAAGCAGUGCAAAUUACGAUAUCAUCCCUCCUUCUGGACCAGAUCCUUACAUUGUGGGUCGAAACACGUUCCCACAUAUAAAUAUGCCGGCUAGCUCUUUGAAAGUUUCUACGGGUCGACCCGUUAGACAUCUUGGACCCCCACCUGGAUUUAGCUCAGUGAGACCUAAUAAUAAUAAUAGUAAUAAGCAAGUGGGACAGAAUCAGAAUCCUGUGAAUGAUGAUUAUAGCUGGUUGGAUGGGUAUCAGUUGCAAUCAUCAAUGAAGGCAGGGGUACAACCGGCGCAAGGCAGCAAAACUGGCCGGAAACCGCCACAGACCACCGUGAAACACUUCAACAGCAGUAUGUUCCCCUUCCCCGAUUGGACCAACAAGGGGGGAAGUCUAUAUGGAAAGGCAAUCAGUUUGUGUGAUUUCUCUGAGCAGUGCACGGUCAUUCGUGAUUGUUCUGAUGUGGCAUUUGAUCCUCUUCUUAAUCAUCAUGACAUGAAGUUACACACUCCAACUUAAACCAAAUCAAUUUUCUUAAGUUUUAUUUUGGGGUGUGGCGGUGCUGGCAAUCUCGGCAUGCUUGCAGCCAAAAAAGUUUUAUCUUAUUUACAGAGACUGUGAGUGGCUUUCCCAGUGGAGUCGGAAACAACCUGGUACUGUUGAGUUCUACAUUUGUGGUUAUUUGGUUUGGGGAGGGAUGUGGUCCAUGUGAUUGAUGUCAGCAUAUCCAUAUCCGUAUCUGCCUAAAAUCUGUAUAAAUGUCUCACUUGUGGCUUUAUCUCUGGAGAUGAAAAUGAAAAUGAAAAUGGUGGAACAUCUCAAUGGAAGCAGAUUAUAAUAAAUCAUAACAUAUAAAUGUUUGUUAUAUUCAACUUCUGCCAUUCGCCCUGAUGCUUCUCUGUAUGUUAGAAAUAAUCUUGGUUUUUUGGUUUUUGUUUUUUAUUGAUACAUGAGAGGUAUGUUUUUGCUUUUGUUUUUGUUGGAUUUUGAACAAACUACUACAAUUUCACAU